AUUAAAAAAAUAAACCUACAAAAACGAAGCUGAGAGAAAGAAAGCUUUUUUGGUGAUAAAACUGUGGAUUUUCCCAACUGUGGUGUUCGUUCCUGAAAUUUACCUGUCCGAAACCCUAGCUUCCAUGAUUUCUGCAUUAUAGAUCUCCCACUUCCUCCUCGCCCAGAAGUUGGGAGAGAGAACGAGCCUCUACAACCAUGGCAGCAGAGCUAGGGCAACAGACGGUGGAGUUCUCCGCCCUCGUCUCCCGGGCUGCCGAGGAUUCCUUCCUUUCCCUCAAAGACCUCGUCCACAACUCCAAGUCCUCCGACCUAUCCGAUUCCGAGAAGAAGAUUAACAUCCUCAAGUAUGUUGUCAAGACCCAGCAGAGGAUGCUCCGCCUUAAUGCCCUUGCUAAGUGGUGCCAACAGGUUCCGUUGAUUCAAUAUUGUCAGCAACUUGCAUCAACUUUAUCGAGUCAUGAUACAUGUUUUACACAAGCUGCAGAUUCUUUAUUCUUCAUGCAUGAGGGGCUACAGCAAGCUCGUGCACCUAUCUAUGAUGUUCCAUCUGCCACUGAAAUUCUUCUUACAGGCACCUAUGAGCGUCUACCAAAAUGUGUAGAAGACAUAAGUAUUCAGGGAACACUUACCGAAGAUCAACAAAAGAAUGCGUUAAAAAAGUUGGAGAUACUAGUACGGUCUAAGUUACUGGAAGUUACACUUCCUAAAGAAAUUUCUGAAGUAAAAGUCACUGAUGGUACAGCACUACUUCGUGUAGAUGGGGAAUUUAAGGUUUUAGUUACUCUAGGCUACAGAGGGCACUUGUCACUGUGGAGAAUACUGCAUUUAGAGCUGCUAGUUGGGGAGAGAAGGGGACCUGUGAAACUGGAAGAAUUGCAUCGUCAUGCUCUUGGAGAUGAUUUAGAACGCAGAAUGGCUUCCGCUGAAAAUCCGUUCUCCACAUUGUAUUCAAUUUUGCAUGAACUUUGCAUCUCGCUUGUUAUGGACACUGUCUUAAAGCAAGUACAUUCUCUUAGACAAGGAAGAUGGAGAGAUGCUAUUCGGUUUGAGCUCAUAUCUGAGGGUAUUACUGGCAGUUCUGCACAAUUGAACCAAGAUGGAGAAACUGACUUAUCUAGUCUACGAACCCCUGGGUUAAAAAUCAUGUAUUGGUUGGAUUUUGAUAAAAACACCGGUAGUUCUGAUCCAGGAUCAUGUCCCUUCAUAAAAAUUGAACCUGGACCAGAUAUGCAGAUAAAGUGCAUCCACAUUGCAUUUGUCAUAGAUCCCUUAACCAACAAGGAAGCUGAAUUUUCUCUCGACCAAAGUUGCAUUGAUGUUGAAAAGUUGUUAUUGAGGGCUAUAUGUUGUAAUAAAUAUACUAGGCUUCUUGAAAUUCAAAAAGAAUUGAAGAAAAAUGUUCAAAUUUGUCGAGCGGCAGAUGAUGUUGUCCUUCAACAUAAUGUUGACGAGCCUGACGUCGACCAUAAAAAGAAGGAUAAAAUUCAUGAUCCCACUGUAUAUGAAGGACAAGAAAUAUUGCGUGUGCGUGCCUAUGGCUCAUCAUUUUUCACCCUUGGAAUAAACACAAGGAAUGGCCGUUUUCUUCUUCAGUCUUCACACAAUAUACUUGCACCCGCAUCACUGAAAGAUUGUGAGGAAGCUUUAAAUCAAGGAAGUAUGACAGCAGCUGAUGUUUUUAUAAGGCUGAGAAGCAAAAGCAUUCUGUAUUUAUUUGCAUCCAUUAGUAGGUUUUGGGGCCUUGAGGUAUAUGAAAAUGGUUUUUCUGCAGUUCGAUUGCCGAAGAACAUUUCAAAUGGUUCAUCCAUGUUACUGAUGGGAUUUCCAGAUUGUGGGAAUUCAUACUUUUUGCUAAUGCAGCUUGACAAGGAUUUCAAGCCCCAGUUUAAACUGCUGGAGACAAGGCCUGAUCCUUCUGGGAAAGCCCAUGGACUUGGUGACAUAAAUAAUGUGAUACGCAUGAAGAUAAUUGACAUUGAUCGGAUACAGAUACUUGAAGACGAGCUGAACUUAAGUUUGCUUGACUGGGGAAAGCUAUUGCCCCUUUUACCAAAUUCUGGCAAUAAUCAAACUUCUGAAAAUAGUCUUCUUUCUGAUAUUAGUCUUGAUGGUGCUCUGCAGAUUGCUGGAUAUCCCUCAUCCAGUUUUUCAUCUGUUGUUGAUGAUGUAUUUGAGUUGGAGAAGGGACCUCCCCCUGUACCUGCUUUUUCUGUUUCAAGUCUAUCUCAAUCUUUCAAUUCAUCUGCAUCUCAUUAUAGUUCUCUCUCUAAUAUUCAUAAUAUUAAAGGAGUUCCUUCUCCAAAGUGGGAAGUUGGUAUACAGCCAUCCCAGGGUAACAAUGUUGCAAAACUUUCAAAUAUUCCCUCGCACAGCAAUGGUUCCCUGUAUUCAUCUAGCAAUUUAAAGGGUGCAGUUCAUUCCACAUCUCUGGGUUCUCUUGCUUCUGGUCCUGGACGGGGUGCUGCAACCAGACGACUUUCAAAUUCAAAAUCUGAACAGGAUUUAACCUCCCUUAGAUUCCCAAAUCCUGUUGAGGUUAGUUCUUAUACUACAUUGGACGAUGAUAAUAUAAGUAUGCCAAAUGAUACAUCAAAGGAUGGGGUGUACGCAAAUAGGUCAUCUCGGCUAUUAUCUCCAUCUCAACAUGCUGGUCCUCGAAUCUCUGCUAGUAUAAAACCUAAUGGAUCCAGAAGUUCACCAACUGCAGCUCCAACAGGAUCUUUGAGGCCUUCAGGAUCAUGCUCGUCUGCGUCAACUCCCGUAUCCCAGAAUCAGGAUUCUUGCUCUAGUCCUGUGUAUGAUAGCAGUCUAAAAAAUGAUAAUUCUCGGAAGCGUACUGCUUCAGAUAUGCUGAACUUAAUCCCAUCACUUAAAGGUAUUGAUGUCUAUAAUGGAAUCCCUAAGAGAAGAAAGGUGUCGGAGUCGGCUAUAUUUAGUCAACCCUCAUCCCAGUUGCUUACAUCAAAAGAAAUGGUUCCCAGAACUCUAUACUGUUAUGGUAACCUUAUUGCUGAAGCCAACAAAGGCAUUGCACCUUCGAGUACAUAUGUCUCUGCUCUGCUUCAUGUAAUAAGGCAUUGUUCACUAUGUAUCAAACAUGCCAGACUUACCAGCCAGAUGGAUGCACUGGACAUUCCAUAUGUCGAAGAAGUUGGUCUAAGAAAUGCAUCAACAAAUAUAUGGUUCGGGCUUCCAUUUGCCAGAGGUGAUUCAUGGCAACACAUAUGUUUGCGACUUGGAAGACCAGGAACCAUGUGCUGGGAUGUCAAGAUACAUGACCAGCACUUCAGAGAUUUGUGGGAGCUUCAGAAGAAAAGCAGUACUGCUCCGUGGGGCUCCGACGUUCGAAUAGCAAAUACAUCUGACAAAGAUUCUCAUAUUCGUUAUGAUCCAGAAGGUGUUGUUCUCAGUUAUCAAUCAGUAGAGGCAGAUAGCAUAGAAAGGUUGGUGGCAGAUAUACGAAGACUCUCCAAUGCAAGAAUGUUUGCCAUUGGGAUGCGGAGACUGCUUGGGGUUAGAACAGAUGAGAAGCCAGAAGAGAGUGGUAUGACCUCAGAUGUUAAGGCACCAGUUGCAAAAGGUGCACCUGAUGCAGUGGAUAAGUUAUCCGAACAGAUGAGGAGGGUAUUUAGAAUUGAGGCAGUUGGAUUUAUGAGCUUGUGGUUUAGCUUUGGUUCUAGUGUGCUGGCACGUUUUGUUGUAGAGUGGGAAGCGGGUAAAGAGGGUUGCACUAUGCAUGUUUCCCCCGAUCAACUUUGGCCUCAUACGAAGUUUCUUGAAGAUUUUAUAAAUGGAGCUGAAGUUGCAUCCCUUCUGGAUUGCAUUCGUCUUACUGCUGGACCACUACAUGCUCUUGCAGCAGCAACCCGACCUGCACGAGCUGGUCCUGUUCCAACGCUUCCUGGCAUAGCUGCUGCUCCCUCUUCCCUUCCGAAACAUGGAGGAUAUACACCAACCCAGAGCGUUUUACCUAGCAGUACACUCACAAAUGCUGGCCAGAUUACCAAUGGCCCAGUGGGGAACACUGUUUCUUCAAAUGUUGCUGGCCCUCCUGCAAAUCAUAGCUUUCAUGGGGCUGCAAUGUUAGCUGCUGCUGGGCGUGGUGGGCCUGGAAUUGCUCCUAGUUCAUUGUUGCCAAUAGAUGUUUCUGUUGUGUUACGUGGUCCAUAUUGGAUAAGGAUAAUAUAUAGGAAACACUUUGCAGUUGAUAUGCGCUGCUUUGCAGGAGAUCAGGUGUGGUUGCAACCAGCAACGCCUGCCAAGGUCAACCCUUCAAUUGGAGGGUCAUUACCAUGCCCACAGUUCCGGCCAUUUAUUAUGGAGCAUGUUGCCCAAGAAUUAAAUGGCUUAGAACCAAACUUCCCAGGUGUUCAACAAACUGUUGGACUGUCAGCCCCAAACAAUCAGAAUCCAAAUUCGAGUUCACAGAUGACAGCUGCAAAUGGAAAUAGACUUAGUCUUCCUGGUUCUCCUGCUAUGUCUAGGGGAGGCAAUCAGGUGGCUAACAUAAAUCGUGUAGGUAAUGCUCUGUCUGGAUCCCCAAAUUUGGCUUCUGUGAGUUCGGGAUUGCCAUUACGGAGAUCGCCAGGAACAGGUGUCCCUGCACACGUGAGAGGUGAAUUAAAUACAGCUAUUAUUGGACUUGGAGAUGAUGGGGGGUAUGGAGGAGGUUGGGUUCCCCUUGUUGCUCUUAAGAAAGUUUUGAGAGGUAUUCUCAAGUACCUUGGAGUCCUUUGGCUAUUCGCCCAGCUUCCAGAUCUUCUGAAAGAGAUCCUAGGUUCAAUUUUGAGGGACAAUGAAGGUGCAUUGCUGAAUUUGGAUCCUGAGCAGCCUGCCUUGCGUUUCUUUGUGGGGGGGUAUGUAUUUGCUGUAAGCGUCCAUAGGGUUCAACUGCUUCUCCAAGUGCUUAGUGUGAAGCGUUUCCAUCAUCAACAGCAGCAGCAACAGCAGCCAAACUCCACUACAGCACAAGAGGAAUUGACACAAUCAGAAAUUGGUGAAAUAUGCGAUUAUUUUAGCCGUCGUGUUGCAUCUGAGCCUUAUGAUGCUUCUCGUGUUGCGUCUUUCAUCACUCUUCUCACCUUGCCAAUAUCAGUUCUAAGGGAAUUUUUGAAAUUGAUAGCAUGGAAAAAGGGAGUGGCCCAGGCACAGGGUGGAGAUAUUGCUCCUGCACAAAAACCCCGCAUCGAAUUGUGUCUUGAAAAUCAUUCCGGGUUGAGUAUAGAUGAGAACUCUGAAAGGUCGACAUCCAAAAGCAAUAUCCAUUAUGAUCGACAACACAAUUCCGUCGAUUUUGCUUUGACAGUUGUACUUGAUCCUGCUCAUAUACCUCACAUGAACGCAGCGGGAGGUGCGGCUUGGUUGCCAUACUGCGUCUCAGUGAAGUUGAAAUAUUCCUUUGGUGAAAACCCAGUUGUCCGUUUUUUGGGUAUGGAAGGAAGCCAUGGGGGUCGAGCGUGCUGGUUGCGCAUCGAUGACUGGGAAAAAUGUAAACAGAGGGUGGUUCGAACUGUUGAAGUGAGUGGGAAUUCAACUGGAGAUGUUAGCCAAGGAAGGUUGAGAAUCGUAGCAGAUAGUGUUCAAAGGACGUUACACUUGUGCCUUCAAGGACUGAGAGAGGGUAGUGAGAUAGCUGCAAUUGCAGGCUUGACGUCGUGAUGAGCAAAACGUACCAGACUUCCAUGUCAACGUUACUCGGUAUGUGAGAAUCAGUAUGCAUAAUUUUCACAUUGCCUAUGCCCUUUUCCAUUUACAAGCUCCAAAAUCUUGUUCGAGGAGAAAGCGUGCAAUGACGGAAAAGGAAGCAUUUCGUCAGGACAACGAUAACAGUUGUGAGAUACAGUUGGGAGGGACUUGUAACAUAAGACUUCAAUGGAGAUUUGGCUACACAUCUGGGGCAAGUUUUGAUCUAAUUAUCUGAUUUAGAAUUUCAGAUCUAUGCUAGUUUGAAUUGGUUCCAGAUCAAAACAAUGAUAUUAAGGCCUUAUGAUAUGUUUGGAACAUUGGAAAAUCAAUUUUUUGGCUCUGAUUUUGUAAAUAUCACACUAAUCAGGCAACUACCAUGUAAAUUUAUUAUGUCACACUUGUACACCUCCAUAGCCACUUUGCCUCAGCUGCUUCAGUCCAAUUCCCCUAGAAGAGAGUUUCCCCCAUGUUAUAUAAACUACUCAUUUUUUUAAUCUAAUAUUAAAGUUGUGGAAGAUGCCAUUAGCUCCUCCUACUUCAUUAUUCCUUUGACAA